AUGGAUGAACUGACGAGUAUAGAAGAGCUGCAAAGGCGGUUGCGAGAGGCAGAGGAACGCGUGGACAGAGAGCUGCAACGCGCCGAGAGGGAACAGCAACGCGCGGAAGCGUUGGAACAACAAACUCAACCCACUACACUCCACGAGUACGUCGCCGCCUGCCAUUCUUUGGUUUUCUCCAGCCUCAACACUGAACCGAACCGGAAGCUGACCUCGACGGGACUCAUCACCAACCCGCGAAAUAAAUGCCAUGUUUUUGAGAAUGGACCCUUCCUCUCUGGCUUAGGAAAAAGGAUCUCAGUGCGCAGCAUAUCCGACGAGAAGACGCUUGAGUCAUUCUUGCACAGCAGUGUCGAGGAUCCGGUCAAGGCGAUUAUAGACCAGCUCAAACAGGUGGAAAAUCUUAGAAACACGUUCGAGCUGGGCGGAAUAAUUUUCGAGAACCAUCCAUAUGCCAUCAGCGACCUUGCAGAGGAAGUCGUCUACCGCGAUACGCCAUCGACACCACCGGCUACUCCGAACCACAGUCUCGAUCUCAACCGGCUACGACCUGAUCAGAUCUGCGUCUACCGAUCCGACAACGCGUACAAACCGCCCCACAAGCUAACCGCGCCGCACCUCCGUCUUGGUCUACGCCCGAUGAAUAUUUACAAGGAAGUGGUCAACCGGAAGACCACCCCGACGUCGAUGGACCCAGACGCACGUUUCCAGUAUCACGCCGAGAGGCUGACUGCAGCCGCGAUUACGCAAACGUACCACUACAUGAUCGAAGGGGGACUUGAGUAUGGGCUUUUGACGACGGGUGAGGCGAUUGUGUUUCUCAAGAUCGACUGGUCUGAGCCUGGGACGCUUCUCUAUCACCUUGCAGAGCCCAAUGCUGAAGUGUUGGCCCAUCCGAGUCAUUUUCACUUGUGCACGGCAGUCGGGCAGUAUCUGGCCUUCAGUCUCGUGGCGCUGGGUUUGCCAGGCUACUGA